AACAAAACCCCAUUAUAUACAUAUAACCUUCGGAAGAAAAGGCUUUGAGAACAAUCAUCAAAAGCAAAGAAAAAUGCCUCCCUCCUUGGCUUCUUCUCGGCUAUUCUUCCCUCAGAAACCUCUCUUCCCUUUUCAAAGCCAAAGCCUAGCUGGGUUUUGGCGAAAUCCGCAGAGAAGGAGGAAUCUUGUGCUCAGAGCAGGCCCAAAAAAGAUUUUAUUUGGAAUAGAAUGCAGGGAAGCCUUACAAGCUGGGAUUGAUAAGCUAGCCGAUGCUGUUUCUCUCACCUUAGGACCUAAAGGGCGUAAUGUUGUUCUCUCUGAGUCUGAUACAUUAAAAGUAAUUAAUGACGGCGUUACCAUUGCUCGAUCCAUAGAGCUUCCAGAUGCAAUUGAGAAUGCCGGAGCAAUGCUAAUCCAAGAGGUUGCGAGUAAAAUGAAUGAUUUGGCAGGUGAUGGAACCACCACUGCAAUUAUUAUGACACGCGAACUUAUCAAAUGUGGGAUGUUGGCUGUUGCUUUUGGUGCUAAUCCAAUUUCUUUGAAGAAAGGGAUGGAUAAGACUGUAAAAGAAUUGGUCAAGGUCUUAAAGAAAAGAAGUUUUCCUGUGAAAGGGAGGGAUGAUGUUAAAGCUGUGGCAUCAGUCUCUGCUGGAAAUGAUGAAUUUGUUGGAAACUUAUUAGCUGAUGCUAUAGAAAAGAUUGGUCCUGAUGGAGUGAUCUCAAUUGAGUCAUCUUCGUCAUUUGAAACCUCUGUGUUAGUCGAGGAAGGAAUGAAGAUUGACAAGGGUUACAUGUCCUCUUACUUUAUUACAAACCAGGAGAAAUCCACUGUAGAGUUUGACAAUGCUAAAGUCCUUGUAACUGAUCAGAAGAUAUCUACUGUUAAAGAAAUUGUGCCUCUACUAGAAAAGACUACCCAAUUGAGUGUACCUUUGCUGAUUAUUGCGGAGGACAUCUCAAGGCAAGUAUUGGAAACACUUGUGGUAAACAAAAAGCAAGGUCUAUUGAAUGUUGCUGUAGUAAAAUGUCCGGGAUUUGGGGAUGGAAAGAAAGCUCUUUUGCAAGAUAUUGCACUUAUGACAGGUGCUGAUUUUCUUUCUGGAGAUUUCGGGUUGACCCUUGAAGGUGCUACUUCGGAUCAACUCGGUAUUGCACGGAAAGUGACUAUCACUGGUAAUUCAACAACCAUAGUUGCUGACCCUUCUACUAAAGCUGAAAUUCAGGCAAGGAUAUUGCAGAUUAAGAAGGAUCUUGCAGAGACAGAUAAUGCAUACUUGUCAAGAAAGCUCUCUGAAAGAAUCGCCAAACUUUGUGGUGGUGUGGCUGUUAUUAAGGUAGGAGCACACACUGAAACAGAACUCGAAGACCGAAAACUGAAAAUUGAGGAUGCAAAAAAUGCCACAUUUGCUGCUAUGGAUGAAGGAGUGGUGCCUGGUGGUGGUGCCACAUAUGUGCAUCUUUCCGAGUUGGUUCCUUCCAUUAAAACUUCUUUUGAUGAUCUAGAUGAGCAGAUUGGUGCUGACAUCGUUGCAAAGGCUCUCCUAGCACCUGCAAAAUCGAUUGCAACUAAUGCAGGAGUUGAUGGAGAAGUUGUUGUCGAGAAGAUUCGGACUUCUGAUUGGAGAAUGGGAUACAAUGCAAUGACGGGCAGGUAUGAAGAUCUUCCGAAUGCCGGCGUCCUAGAUCCUUGUAGGGUUUCAAGGUGUGCCCUUGAAAAUGCAGUCUCCAUUGCCGGGUUAGUUCUAACAACACAAGCUGUGUUGGUGGAGAAAACAAGGAAAAAAGAGCCGCGUGUCCCUCUCGUUCCAGGAAUAAUGUCAUAACAUAUUGCUUAGAAUUCCAAAGAGCCCUUGAAAAUUAUGAAGAAGCCAUCGGGAGAUUUCCAUUAGUUUGCUAUUAUUGGCGGGAGUGCUUGUGAAUUCGCUUCUAACAUUUGAAGAUGUGGGGAAGAAAAAUGUGUUGCCUCUGAAUAUUGGAAUAUGAAAAGCAUGUAUUUUCCAUAGAGGUUGUAGAGCUAAAAGAUUCGGCGAUGCUCACUCACUUCACCGUUGUAAAAAUGAUUCCAACUCAUCCAUAAUUCUUUAACUUUUUUUUUUUCCCUUCUUUUUACUAGGCUAGUUCAUAUCAGCUGUUAAACUUAUUAUUAUUAUUUUGGAACAAGGGAUCUAUGCAGCGAAAUCCCAAGCUUUCUUCUGAUUCUGUUCUACUAUAGUUUUGAGUUAUUAUAGUCAAGAUCAUAUUCAGUGUUUGUUGUCUCUUUCA